AACUUAUACAUGUGCCAAUUCCUGGUUUUUCACAUUAAUUUGGCUGGCGUUUCUGUACACAGUAAUGAACAGUAAACCUUCGGCUCCUACGAAAGUGACGCAUUUUUAGACUACUUGAGCGAACUGUCAGAUUCUCAACGAUUUCGAUCCUUGGUGUUGAUUACGAAUACUAUCGUUCGAUUGCUGUCAAUCGUAUUUGAUCCGAAAAAGAGCUAUGGAACAUAUUCGAUAAUAAGAAUUAUUCGAUUAUGACCAAUAAUUCAGAUUACACGAUUUAUAUUCACUGGCAUAGUAUCGAUGGAUUGUUAAUCGCAGUCAGUGCAGUAUUUGCUAAUAGAUGGCAGUCAUUUUAAGAGUUGCAGUGUGAUCAACAUGUGCAGUAGUGAAGUAGAGAUAGAGGUGAAAUGGGGUUGAGUGUGUUCGUUUCUCGAACAUCAAAGUACAAGACUUCUCACAGGAGACAGUAGCAUACGCCACUUAUCAAAGAAGGAGAUCAGACAUUUAUUGUCCUUCACACUCAGUCGGUUGGCAACUCUAGGACGCCAAAAAUCGAUAAUACCCCUCACGAACAUCGUCGACGAACGUGUCGCGAAGCGAAUUGUGCAUUCCAACGCGAGAUAUCCAAGCAAGAAGGUUCUUGGUUUCAGUCGGCCCGCUGAGUGAGUAAACAACAUGGUUGCAAUUGGAAUAUCCCGGAGAUAAUGCGUGCGUAACCUGGUGGUGCACGGAGCAGAAUGGCACCGCGACGCUGCCAUGCGUAAUAUCAGUGUGUGAGCAGGAUCACGCGACCAAAAUUGCUGGUACGUGCUAGCUGAUGAUGGUUCGACUCUAGACGUGACAGGGGCUACAGGGAAGAAGUCUGAGUGGGAGCAGAACAGGGUGUGUGAGUUCAAAGGUCGAGAAUAGGAGUGAAACUCGGUGCUACGUUCAGUGCGUCAGUGAUUCCAUUACUAACUAGUCCCUUAUGGCCGCAAAUUGUGUUUUUACCACAGUUAAAUCCAUGAGAUGAGAGAGGAUAUUUUCGUUAGCAAAAUAUAAAUUAUUGCCGUCUCAUCAGGGUUUGCUGUGUUGUUAAAGCCUUCCUUUAGUUUCUAAGUGGCUUAUUUUAUAAUACUUCAACUGUUUCCAUGCCGAGUUUUCUAAACGAUAAGAGGACGACUUGUUUUGAUAUUUACAAGGCAAACCGCGAUUUUUUGACGUUCACAAAUGUUCGGAAACAAGUAGCAGGAAAGGGGUUGAUUCCACCGACACUGUUAAAAUCAGACAUAUUAAUACCGUAAAAGAAUUAUACUUCUGAACGAGAUAUAUCGUGUUUACAUUUAAGGGGUUAAACCGUUUAAAUUUAUUACUAUCCGUAAACAAGUAGUGUGGACUAUACGUUGUUUGUUUACAUCAAACUGUUGAGACGGCGGUGGGAUAAAAUGCGCAACGAUUGCACACCGUGUCGAGCACUAACUCAGUCCGAAUGGUGACCGCGAUUGACAUUUGGCUCUUAAGUCAACAGCAGCGACGUCGUCGGUUACGACGACGAAGAUGAACGAGGCUGGGGUAAUUGUAUCAUUCUGCUCGUUCCAAAAUCAUCUAGCCCCGCCAGAAUACCGGAAGUGGCGUCGUGUCCACGGUCUUCAGCUUCCUCUGCAUCCUCAGCAAGUAGCAGGGUGGCUGGCACUCCUCGGUUUCGGCGCCGCCACGUUCCUAGUACUGAUCCCCGCUCUAGGGUCCACCCUGCAUUCACCUCUUCUGGUCGUGUUGGCCUCUCUCUUCCUGAUUCACGUGUCUUCCCACCUGACUGCCCUCCUCCUCGACCCGUCUGACCCGCACCUGCGACUGCUUAAGGUGUCCGUUGCCGUGCCCGAGUUUGACCGCUCCAAACACGCCCAUGUCAUCGAGAACGGCCGCUGUCACCUGUGCAACAUCCUGACUUCGAGCCCUCGAACUAAACACUGUAGCGUGUGUAACAAGUGCGUAGAACGUUUUGACCACCACUGCAAGUGGCUGAACCACUGUGUCGGUGGGCGGAACUAUGUCGCUUUUGUCGUGUGUGUUGUUUCUGCCGUCGCUGCGUCUCUAGUCGUGGUGGCCGUAUCUGUUGCUGAACUAGUAUUCUACCAUAUUGACCCGAGGUGGCUGUCUCUGUGGGAGAAUUACAACAGCACAACCUCUGAAGAAACACCCAGUCUCGUUUCUAUCACAGUGUUUACCGUUAAAGAUACUAUAUUCCUCGCUGUAGUCGGUUCUCUGGGGAUCCUUGCAGCGAUAACAGCUGGACUGCUUUUACACCUGUGUCUAUUCCACGUUUACAUCUCCUUCCUGGGCAUAACCACUUAUGAAUACAUCCGCAGUUACCGCCACGUUUCUGGUAUCAACGCAGUUGGGCCUUCAGGGACACUCAACCCGACGUAUGAAGCUGAACUUCGAAGACAGCGAGGAAGAUUCAAAAUGUCCCACUGUUGUGGCACCUCUGUCUCAAUCACUUCAAGGGCAAGCCCCAAUGCCAUUGCCAUGCCCGCAGAAGAGCAGAUGAGACGAAGGCGUUGUCUCGACACAUCGAGUCCGUUCUCAUCACGGAACGAGGCUGUGGAAGGUGACGACAGAGACAGGCAUUGCCCCUUAUUUGUGGCAGGCAGUGGCAAUCACAGACACCGAAUCCUGUGUUGCUGUCCGUCUGUGAGUGAACAGUCUUGCGCAACGAAUGGACACGUGUCCUGUAGAGACAAAAGCCGUGCCAGCUGUGAGACUGGUCGUCAGAUUAACGGUGCUAAGAGUGAAGGACAUUCAAAAUUUAUUUCUUAUUUUAAAACACCAAGAGCACGAAAAGGAACACCGAUUGAAACCGAGCCAAGAGGAAAUAGAAGUAGACGUUGGCCAGGUUGUUGUCAUACCGCUGUUGAAUAUACUAACGACAGAAAAUCUACGGAAGAAGUUGAGUCAACAGCUGGUCAAGAUGAUACAGUUGGGUCAGAAAAUAUCGAGAUGGACUCGAAGCAGCCAUGUCGGCAUCAGUUUUUUUUCUAUGGUAAUCUGUGGACAUGCGUGAUGCAAUGCCAGCAUCGCGGCGCCCAAUCAGAAACAACCGCACCAAACGUCCGGUGCAAUCAGGUGCUGCCUUCGUCAGAUUCACCUGCACAAAAUCAUUUUCAACCUCGGCGGCUUCUCGUGGUUCCAGCUAUGGAAGAAAAUAUCCUCAAACACUCACCAGACUUCACUCCUGUCACCAAAAUAGCUUCUCUCCCAGCUCUAGCACCUCCCACGCGGCGCCGGCGUCUCCGGAGUGUAGCGGAUCUGAAGAAAUUGAGUGAUGCUCUCGCAAUGGUUCAGGAGCCCCAACGAGAGGUCCCUGACGUGGAGACUUUGAAAGCUGCAUUCCUAUUAACAUCUCAGCGGCGUCAGAGAAGGAAAAGCAUCCAUCGCACAAGAUCUCCUGUCUUGUCUCCCAUUCGAGAAUCAGGGUUUUCCAACCCGUCUUCUCCGCAACUUUCAGUAGGAGUCUACUCUAGCCCCGCUUCUCUUCAGCGACCCACUCUCUGUGCCUCUGACACUCGUGAUUGUGCGCCGAGUAAGCCCAUAAGAAGGGCACUGACCGACGACGACGACGUCGACGUCAUUGUUACAGUGCGUCCCGCACACUCGUCCCGGCUCGGGAACUUCCUGCUCCAGUAG